GUCAAGACGUGUAUAAGUUUGCACAAGGUGACAGUGUGUUAGUAAAACACACGUGUAUACGAGUAACAAAAACAUCGCGGCAUACGCAUAUGCCUGCAGUUGAAACGCUUGAAUUACCUUUUCUACCGGUAUGGAACGUAGAAGAUAUCUGAAAUACAGGUGUGUUGUAUAUGGAAUUCGUUCCAUCUGCCUAACACCUCGCACUCGAUAAGUAACGCGUGUACGGAAAAUGGUAUCUUAUCACAAGUUGUUAUCAGGGAGGCCCCGGGGACUUGAUAGAAGCCUGAUUUUGAUGUUCACUCAACAGUUCAGUGUCACGUUUGAUCAGAACGCCAUGAUUUUUCAAAUAUUUUGUCUCUUUUUUUUAUCCCAUGGGAUUCGGGGUGAGGAUACUACCACGGCGAAUGUCACAGCGGCUCCGAUCCAAAGGAGUAUGUGCGAAGUUUGCACCUGCACAGAUGGCAUAGUAGACUGCAGUAGCAGAAAUCUGGAUGAUCACUUCGAAGAUGAUAAUUGGCCGAAGGAACCACUGUUGGAAGUUUCAUUUGAAAACAAUUCUUUCGUACAUGUGAAUGCUUUUCCGAACGUUAGCAUCAACAGGCUAAUACUUCGGAAAAACAAUAUCAACACAAUUGACGAGGGAGCUUUUCUACAGUUGAGAAAUUUAACCGAGCUUGACCUCAGCCACAACCAGUUGACUACGCCUCUACUGGGUCCGCAUGUAUUUAGGGGUCGGUUUUCGCCAGUGGCUUACGAACCCCUUCCAAAGAUGAAGGUCCUCAAUCUGGCUUACAACGCGCUCCACAGUCUUCAUCGGGAUCUUUUCGAGCAUUUGGGAAGUUUAACGGUUCUCUCGCUCGAAGGAAACCCGUUUAUGAACAUUGAUGACCCGACCGUUGAUGCGCUCAGUUAUUUAUCCUAUCUGGAAGAACUCACCCUGAGCUACUGCGAACUCGACGAUCUGCCUGAGCACGUGUUCCACACCCCUAAGUACUUGAAAAAGGUAGACUUGACUGGAAACAAGUUCAGUUCACCUCCACUUGCUCUCGAGGAUGGCAGAGCCUUGGAGUGGGUGGCUUUGGACGAGAAUCCCAUUAAAAUCAUCAACGAGAACAACGCCUUUCCGACAAUGGAAAAACUCAAGGAACUGAGUCUCUGCUGCAUGCACAACUUAACCGCUAUUGGAGCCGGUGCUUUUUCGGGUUUGACUGCUCUCGAAGUUCUCCACAUCGAAGGAUGCCCUCAGCUUGAAAUCAUCGACGAGAACGCAUUGGCAUCAAAGCAUGAAUUAGGAACCGAGUGGCCACCACUGAAGAAACUACAGUUGGCUGACAACGCUCUGCAUUAUUUGCCAGCUAAGUUGGUCGGAAGAUGGGACAAGCUGGUGGACCUUGACCUGCACAACAACAAGUGGGGCUGUGACUGUAAAAACCAAUUCCUGGUCGAAUCGCUCCUACCCAGUCUUGGUGAUAAGUUGAUGGGCGAAAAAGCGAAUGAUCUGACUUGCUCGACACCACAGGAACACCAGGGAAAAAAUCUGACUUCUCUCUCAACACGUCAUCUCCGUUGCGUUGAUUUGUACAACGCAAGACCGGAAAGAGACGCAACCGUUCUUGUUGGUAUUUUGAUCGGAGUUCUCCUUGCCGUUCCGGUUACUCUUGCGGUAUUCGUAUUUUGGAGACGAGGAUUCUUCUUCUGCAAUUCUCAAGGCCCAGCGACAUUCUCUCGCGCAUUCUACAAGCGUGCUGACCGUGAUGAGGACUUUUAGAUUUAAGAAAAAAAUUCAAGUUCGUGUUAUAGGAAUAGGUAUUAGAUAGGCACGAGUGUAUAACUUGCUUGUAUUUCAACUCCAGUUUUGCAGACUGCGCGUAACUCUAGGUGAACCAAAAUUGAACAAGUAUCGCUGGAGGGUUGAUACAUGCGGUAACGUGAUUUUGAAAAGAAAUUGAACAUUAGUAAUGUACUGCUUUUAGUGUAUGUAUAAACCGUAUUAUAAGAUAAAAGGAAAUCCUUUGCUCGGUGGUUGAUGCAGAGAAUCGUAAUGACAUUUAGACCUCCAUACUGGCUCUUGUCACAGUCACUCUGUAGAAAUUUACAAGGGCAGUCACCGAACCAAGAAUUUCUAUUUCAAAUUCGGGACGAUUUGUGUAAAAAAAAGUGAUAACGAAUA